CCUUCUCCCCUUCCUGGUGCGAAGCUUCCCUUUUGCACCGCCAGCCCUCCCUCCCCCCUUCCCAUCAUUUCCUUCUGCUGGGGACGGCAGGAGCCCGGAACGUGGACGGUUUGCAAAGGCAGUGGAAGCAACAGGCGAGUGAAAUAAUAAUAAUAAUAAUAAUAAUAAUAAUAGGAGUCAGGAUUCCUGGGAGGGAGAAGAGGGGUGGGAGGUGGGAAUCCCAGUCUCCCAGGUGGAGGCAGGCAGGCAGGCAGGAGUACCUAAGAUGAAACGUGUUGGCUAACACACACACACACACACACGUGUAUGCUAACAGCAGCCUCCUUCUGCAGAAGAUCCGCAAGCCUGGCGGCAGGAGCAACUGCUUUGCAAUGCAGAAGGUUCCCCCGUUUCAGGCGCGGAGUGAAGGCACAAAGUGCCCGCGCCCUCCCAGAUCCAGGACACGCUCAUAUGAAUCUGUGAUCAGCAUCACAGCCAAGCACAGACAAGCCCUUCCAGGAAUGAGCAGCGCCUGCGGUUGGUGCACCUGCCUUGCAUGUAGAAGGCCUCGGUUCAGUCCCCAGCGGCAUCUACAGGUUCAGCCUGAAAGCCUGGAGAAGCGCUGCCGGUCAGUGUUUUGACAGCACUAAGCAGAGAUGCCAGAAGGGGGAGAAAUGGAGGCAGUGAGAGAUUUUACUUUCUUGGGCUCCAUGAUCACUGCAGAUGGUGACAGCAGCCACAAAAUUAAAAGAUGCCUGCUUCUUGGGAGAAAAGGAAUGACAAACCUAGACAGUAUCUUAAAAAGUAGAGACAUCACCUUGCCAUCAAAGGUCCGUAUAGUUAAAGCCAUGGUUUCCCCAGUAGUGAUGUAUGGAAGUGAGAGCUGGACCAUAAAGAAGGCUGAUCAGAGUUCAAGGAUGUUUUCCAGCCCAGGGGGUGUGAAGCAGGGCAAGUGAGGGAUGUGGCCUUCUUGGGAGACACCUGAGGGCCAUGUACAGAAAUCACAUUGCUUCUCUUUUUACUCUUUCCCUCUUUUUCUGCUGUUCCCUGUGUUGAGUUUAAGAUUGUAAGCUCCUUGGGGCAGGGACCUCUUGCACUCAGUGAAGUGCCAUGCGCAGGGACUUUGUCCUGGAAAAUUCAAUUGCUUUGUUUUUUAAAAAACUGUUUUAAUUGCUUUGGAAUUGUUUUAUUUCUUCAUUUUAACUAUGUGUGGAUUUUGUAACUUGAUUUCAUAUUUGCAAACCACUUAAAAAGCCUUUUUGGCAUACAAACGGAUAAAUAACAUUAAUUGCCGAAAGUCAAUUUGUCUUCACAAUGCGGCCUUAAGUGCACAUCCGCAUUCCCCAAAUUGAGAAGCGACAGGGAUGUGGUGCGUUCAAGGGAGAUACUUAUUUGGUCCAAUCUUGCACCACUUUCCUUUUUUCUACUUAAACUCAUCAAAUUUCCUUUCCUGUCUAGGUGCCACGUGCCAGGAGUCAAAAUGGAGGAGCGGGCCUCGCCAGGACCUACGUCGGUGAAGGGCAUGCCAGGGAAAGAACUUCGCAUUGUCCAAAUUGGGACGAGCGCGGAAAUGAUUCCGCCUCGGGUUAAGGAAGAACCAGAGGAUCGGGUGCAGGAGUUCUGGGAAGCCAGGAAGCAGGAAUUUCUGAAGACAGCAGCCCCGUCCUCGUAUCCCGGGUGGGGAGACGCACUAUUGCCUCGGCCCCCGACGGAGGAGAGCUCUGCAGGGACGAAGGCCUCCUUUGAAGGGGCGUCGGACACUAAGCAGUGGUCCAGAGAAGAGAGUGCGGAUCUGGCCCUGCUAGGCCUGAGCGGCAAGGAGGUCCACGAGGCUCAGGAAAAUGCAGACGCCUCUGUGGGAGUGAAGGAGGAGAUCCCGGACGCAGACGCCCUAAACAUGGAGAUGCGCUGCCAGCGCUUCCGGCAUUUCGGUUACCGGGAGGCCGAGGGUCCCCGCAAGGUCUUCUGCCAGCUCUGGGAGCUCUGCCGCCAGUGGCUGAAGCCGGAGAGACACACCAAGGAGCAGAUCCUGGAGCUGGUGAUCCUGGAGCAGUUCCUGAUGAUUCUGCCCCUGGAGAUGCAGUGCUGGGUGCGGGAGAGGGGCCCAGAGACCGGCAACCAGGCCGUGGCCCUGGCGGAGGAUUUCCUGUGGAGGCCGCAAAGGACGGAGCAGAAGGUGAGGGCAGAUUGCUUGUAGAGCAGGAAGGGACCCCAGGAGGUCAUCCAGCCCAACCCGCUGCUCAAUGCGGGGUCAAAAGUUUAUUUAUUGUUUGUAUCCCACCUCUUACCCAAGGAGCUCAAGGGACACUGCAGAUCUGAAUUCGCUACUGAAUACACACCAGGGUGGAUUUGAUUUAAAUCAAAUCAAUUUAAAUCACUAUUUAAAUCAUUAGUCAGUAAGGCUUGGUUUAAAAUAAUUUUUUUUACAGAAAGACUCAUUCUUGCUGGUAUAAUCUUAAUAUUUACAACCAAUCAGAUGAAGGUUUCCUUUUUGGAAUAAUAAAUUUUCAGAGUAGUUUUUACAGUUAUAUCAAAAAUUACUGAUUUGGUUAUAUUAUUAGAAAUACAUAGACCAAUAAUUAUGAAAUUAUUGUGAGGAAUAACAACAACCACAACAACAAUAAUAAUAAUUAUUAUUUAUUAUUUAUACCCCGCCCAUCUGGCUGGGCUUCCCCAGCCACUCUGGCGGCCUCCAAAAAAAUAUUAAAAUACUGUGAUACAUCAAACAUUAAAAGCUUCCCUAAACAGGGCUGCCUUCAGAUGUAUUCUAAAAGUCUGGCAGUUGUUGUUCUCUUUGACAUCUGGUGGGAGGGUGUUCCACAGGGAGGGCACCACUACUGAGAAGGCCCUCUGCCUGCUUCCCUGUAACUUGGCUUAUCGCAGUGAGGGAACCGCCAGAAGGCCCUCGGUGUUGGACCUCAGUGUCCGGGUAGAACGAUGGGGGUGGAGACGCUCCUUCAGAUAUACUGGACUUUAAAAAAUACUUAGACUGAGUUUUGGCACACAUGAAAAUCUUAAACAAAUCCUUAUUUCCUGAUGAGUAGCUUUUGGACUAUAAUGUAACUUAAAUCGAAAACUAUCUUUAGAAAGAUUUUUCCUCCGAAAGCAUUUUAUUUUAAAAAUCCGAUUUAAAUUUUAAAAAAUCUGACUUUAAAAAAAAAAUGAUUUAAAUUUAAAAUAAUCUGAUUUUUUUAUCUUUAAAAAAAAUCAUUGAUUUUUGUCCACCCUGAUACACACCAACAUACAUGUGCAUAUUCACAUGGAUUUCCAAACUCAUUUAAAAUAACGUAUUGCAUAUUGUCCUUAUUUUUUUCCCCAGACAGUGGAGGAUCUGGACAGUUCUGCUGCUGGUUCCCCCAAGUCGGAGCUGGAUCCGUCGGACAUUGUGAAGAUUGAGCUGCCCAUGGAUGGUGAUGGUGAGGAGACCCAAAGUGGGGUUUGGGGGGGAGGUGGGGUACAGGUGAGGACAGAGCCCUUUGACAAAAGAUUGAAGCUGCUGGUCAGAGGCAGGGAUGCCUCUGAAAAUCAGUUGCAGGAAACCACAGGAAGGGACACGGUUUGGAUAUGUAAUUCAAAACCUGUUUGAAGUCCAUAUCGCGAUAUCGGUUUCAUAAUUUUUGACCUUGCAAUUUGUCGCAAAUCAUAAUGUUUGUGUGUGUUCUGCAAAAAUUACAAUAUGGAAAAAACCAUGAAGCCAGCCAACGCUUUUCUCGAUUCCUACAGCCCCUGUUAUUUAAUUUUUUAAAAAUUAUUUAUUUGGUUUUUCAAAUUAAAUUUUUUACAGAGAUGUAUAUAUCAAACGGGACGCGGGUGGCGCUGUGGGUAAAACCUCAGCGCCUAGGACUUGCCGAUCGCAUGGUCGGCGGUUCGAAUCCCCGCGGCGGGGUGCGCUCCCGUCGUUCGGUCCCAGCGCCUGCCAACCUAGCAGUUUGAAAGCACACCCGGGUGCAAGUAGAUAAAUAGGGACUGCUUACCAGCGGGAAGGUAAACGGCGUUUCCGUGUGCUGCGCUGGCUCGCCAGAUGCAGCUUGUCACGCUGACCACGUGACCCGGAAGUGUCUGCGGACAGCGCUGGCUCCAGGCCUAUAGAGUGAGAUGAGCGCACAACCCUAGAGUCUGGCAAGACUGGCCCAUACGGGCAGGGGUACCUUUACCUUUACCUUUUAUAUAUCAAACAUAAAUCAUAAAAAUAAGAUUCCAAGAAAUCUCCUGGUCAUUUCCUCCCGCAUCUUUUGUGAUGAUCCAAAUCUUUUACAUCUCCAUUGUGUCCGGUAUUCAUCCUUAGACUGCAAGAUAUAUCCCAACCCUACUAAUAGUUUUAAUGGCUUCCAAUGGUCUUUAAAAUUAGUUAUAAAUUUUCCCCAUUCCUUAUUAAAAUCUUGGUCUUCCUGAUUUCUGAUUCUUCCGGUCAUUUUAGCCAUUUCAGCAUAAUCCAUCAACUUCAUCUGUCAUUCUUCUCUAGUAGGGACUUUAUCUUCUUUCCAUCUCUGGGCAUACAUCUGCAGCCCCUGUUAGCUCUGCUGGCUCAGCUCUCCCCCGACUCAUGCAGGGGGGCAGCGGAUCACAAGAGCAGACGCCAGCAGAAAUCACGAUGCAGGAAAAACCGUGAAGCCAGCCAGUGCCUCUACUUAGCUUAUAAACUGUACUUAUACAGUGGUACCUCGGGUUAAGUACUUAAUUCGUUCCGGAGGUCCGUUCUUAACCUGAAACUGUUCUUAACCUGAAGUACCACUUUAGCUAAUGGGGCCUCCCACUGCUGCUGCUGCUGCUGCUGCACCACCGGAGCACGAUUUCUGUUCUCAUCCUGAACCAAAGUUCUUAACUUGACGUACUAUUUCUGGGUUAGCGGAGUCUGUAUCCCGAAGCGUCUGUAACCUGAAGCAUAUGUAACCUGAGGUACCAUUGUACUGCGAUGUUUAGCUGCUGAUAUAGCACAUACAGUGGUACCUCGGGUUACAGACACUUCAGGUUACAGAUUCCACUAAACCAGAAAUAGUACCUCGGGUUAAGAACUUUGCUUCAGGGUGAGAACAGAAAUCGUGCAGCAGCAGUGGGAGGCCCCAUUAGUUAAAGUGGUACCUCAGAUUAACAACAGUUUCAGGUUAAGAACGGACCUCCAGAACGAGUUAAAUUCUUAAUCCAAGAUACCACUGUAGUUGAAAAGCAGAUAGUGCCCAGCUCUACUUUUGCUCCAAUCCUGCUUUCUGGUUUCCCACUGGGUUCUGGUUGGACACUGUGAGAACGAGACCCUAAGCUAGAUGGGACAUUGGCCUGAUCCAGCAGGCUCCUCUUAACCCCUUAUUUGCGUUAUUUCAGGAGUCAGUGACCAGCAGCAAUAUAUCCUUGGGGGAGCGGCCGGCUUGGAGGAGGGGAUGUAUGGCCACGUGAGGAAGAAGGUGGUCUUGGGCCCCCGUCCGAAGACCCCGAAGGCACCGCCCAAGGAGAAGCCCCACAAGUGCCAGUACUGCGGGAAGAUCUCUGACUGCCGCGCCCACCUGAUCAUCCAUGAGCGGACGCACACGGGCGAGAAGCCGCACAAGUGCUCAGCCUGCGGCAAGUGCUUCACACGGAAGGAGUCCCUCAUCAUCCACGAGCGCUUCCACACGGGUGAGAAGCCGUACAAGUGCUCGGCCUGCGGCAAGACCUUCAGCGACAAGAUCGGGCGGCUGAUCCACGAGCGGACCCACACGGGCGAGCGGCCCUACAAGUGCCCCGAGUGCGGGAAGAGCUUCGGCACUCGCUGCAACCUCCUGCGCCACCGGAGGGUGCACACGGGGGAGAAGCCAUACCGGUGCGCUGAGUGCGGCCAGAGCUUCCGCUACCGGCCGCAGCUGGUGAUCCACGAGGGCAGCCACAAGGGGGAGAAGCCCUACAAGUGCCCCGAGUGCGGGGAGAGCUUCAGUCAGACGCGGCACCUGGUCAUCCACAAGUGGACCCACACGGGGGAGAGGCCCCACAAGUGCGCCGUCUGCGGCAAGAGCUUCAACCAGAAAUCGGACCUGGUCACGCACACCCGGACCCACACAGGCGAGAAGCCGUACGCCUGCUCCGAGUGUGGGAAGAGCUUCAUCUCCAGCUGCCAGCUGAGGAAGCACGAGCGGAUCCACACGGGCGAGAAGCCCUACCAGUGCGCCGAGUGCGGGAAGCGCUUCACCUACAGCUCGCACCUGACGACGCACAAGCGCACCCACACAGGGGAGAAGCCCUACCAGUGCGCCGACUGCGGCAAGUGCUUCAUCUCCAGCUCGCACUUCACCGCCCACAAGCGCACCCACACGGGGGAGAAGCCCUUCCGCUGCGCGCACUGCGGGAACGGCUACAUCCAGAGGUCGCAGCUGGCCAAGCACGAGAGGUCCCACACGGGCGAGAAGCCCUACGCCUGCUCCGAGUGCGGGCAGAACUUCCGCUGGAGCCAAGGCCUCAAGAAACACAUGCGGACGCACACGGGAGAGAAGCCCUACCAGUGCCCCAGGUGCGAGAAAACCUUCUCCAGCUCCUCCAACCUCUCCCGGCACCAGAAGAUCCACGCCAGGGAGAAGCCAUAGCGCCAGCUUCGUUUCCGGAUCCAGUGGUGGGAUCGUGGGUGCAGUCGGGUGCAGGGAUACCAAAGAAGGACGUCCAAAACGCCCAGGGGUUCAGUCCUAGUGCUUUAUUCAAAAAAAGGUGCAGACUUCCAGCAAAGCAAGUGAAUAUACAAUGGUACCUCGGGUUACAGGCGCUUCAGGUUACAGACUGCGCUAACCCAGAAAUAGUACCUCGGGUUAAGAACUUUACCUCAGGAUGAGAACAGAAAUCGCACGGCGGCAGCGGGAGGCCCCAUUAGCUAAAGUGGUACCUCAAGUUAAGAACAUUUUCAGGUUAAGAACGGACCUCCAGAACGAAUUAAGUUCUUAACCUGAGGUACCACUGUAAAAAUUAUCUGAGCUCCUUGCUACAACAACUAAUUGUGGGGUUAUCUUGACUACCAAGAUGGCGUCUGCAGGCCUUCCAGAACAUGCCGCCUUUGGUUCAGCACACUGACAAGCAGUGCUCUCACCUCUCUGACACCUCACCCUGACAAAGCCUCUGGGGCUGCUGCAGCGAAAACCCGCUUUGAGGGACUUGUUUCUCUUCUCCCUGCCAAAAGGCACACUCUCCUCCAGCUGCCAGCUGCCCGGGAACUGCAAGGGAGGGGCACUCUGGCUCACAGAACCAGCAAGUGGAAGAAGGGCUGCUGGCUGGUUUUUUCUGGUAUUGCUUUAUGCCAGGUUUGGGGAACUUGUGGCCCUCUGGAUGCAAGACUCCAGUUCCCAUCAUCCCCAGCCGAUGCGGGCAAUGGCCAGGAAUGAAGGGAGCUGCGGUCCAGCAACACCUGGAGAGCUUUGGGUUCUGCCAUUCUUGCUUUUGGAAGUAAGCCUGAAGUAGACUCUGAAUAUGCAAGGAUGAGGUUUCAUGGUUCAAGUGUGUCAUGGGCCAGCUUUGAGAAUUUGCUUAAUUGAAAGAGCCAGAAAACGAGUUCAGACGCAACACUAUAGAAGAAGAGGAGUUUGGAUUUGAUAUCCUGCUUUAUCACAACCCGAAGGAGUCUCAAAGCGGCUAACAUUCCCUUCCUCCCCCACAACAAACACUCUGUGAGGUGAGUGGGGCUGAGAGACUUCAGAGAAGUGUGACUGGCCCAAGGUCACCCAGCAGCUGCAUGUGGAGGAGCGGAGACGCGAACCCGGUUCCCCAGAUUACGUGACUACCGCUCUUAACCACCACACCACACUGGCACUGUAGCCCGAGCAGAUUGGAAUAAAAUUCAGAUGGAAAGGGAAUUGAAAUAUUUAGGCUGCCAUCCCAGCCCUGCCCACUGAAUUCAGUGGGACUUACUCCCAGGUGUGUUGAGUUAGGAUCGCUGCUUCUGCAGGGCUGGUGUCUUAAAAAGGUUGGUGCUGGAUUUAAAAAAGUAAACCUUGUUGGCAAGGAACGUGAUGGGUUUGUUGGUUUUUAACAGCUCUGAUGGAUGUACACAACUGCUUUUAGGCACUGGGGAAGAGAGAAUAUUCUAUUCCAUUGUAUUAUAGAGGAUGUUUAUCAAUUUGCCAUUGGUGCGUACCUACGUUAUGGGCACAUUUGUUUCUCAGCCACUGUGAUCCACCCAAAGCAGAAGGCAAUAUGUACAAAGUCACAGCAGUUAGAUUUUAGCAACUAUACUGACUGUAGGUAUUGUGUUAAAACUAACUCCAGAUCCUCAUUAAAUUCUAGCUGCUGUAUCUCAUGUGUAGUGGAAUGUGCAUUGCAUUAAAAAAUAAAUGUCUUGCCCUUCCCCUCCGAGGAGCUCAAGGAGGUCUCCACUGUUUCCUGCCCAACCCCAACAUCCUGUAACAACCUGGUAAGGUGAAUUAAUUGAAAGCAUCAGGCCAAAAGCUGUUGUUCCAACAGUGGCCAACCGGUUGCCUCUGGGACGGUCGCGAGCAGGAUGGGAACAGCUGACUCCCCACUUAUGGCUCCCAGAAACUGGUAUUUGGAGGCACUCAAAG